CUGCAUGGAAGGGUAAGACUUCCACAUUGCAUUUGCACUAUCAACAUCCCCAACACACUUUCCACACAAGAACAAAUUAUUUUUCCAAAGUCCCUAACAUUUGGAUAAUCCGAUUCUCAAGCCUACAUAAUGGAUGGUCCAAAAGUACACACACACAAAGGAGAGCUUGCACACAUGUCCAAUUGUGUGGGUCUCUCCUUGGAAUGUAAGUCUUUAAAUAUCACACAUUUUGCCUACCUGGCUUUUGGUCAUUAUCCAAACAAACCCUUCCCCUCCAAGUAAAUUACAAAUAUGAUUUUCUGAAUCAGUGGUUUUCCUCCACGUAAAUAAUGCAUGGUCCCUGAAAAAACACAACCAUCCCUGAAUAAACACUCGUCUCCUUCCCCGAUUUCGUGCCCGUUGAACAAAGAAACUUUGAAUAUCCCUCGGCCGCGCUCCAGUUCGGUUUGAUUUCUAGGAAAUAAAUGCUCCGGGCGCAGGUGUAUUGUUCUCUACUCUUUAGUCCUCCACAAUUCAAGUUAGUGAAGGUUGGUAGCAACUCUAGCUCAUGGCUAAUCCAAUACCGUAGUGCUCAGAAGCUGCCCAAUGAGGUUUCUGUCAAGGCCUUGAAAGAUGGGGUAGGUGGGGAAACGAGCGGCUUCCGCGGGCAGAGUUAAGAUCCCGGGUCAGAAUUGAGGUUCCUUUUGAGCAAAGGCCGGUGAAUGAGUACUCGCUCUGAAGGAUGGAGUCUUGUACUCGUGGGGCGAACUGGGACCUGGGCCUUUUUUACUUCGACUUGGAGGUUUGUGGUUGGUAACCUUCACAACUCUAGGAUUGCCUAUUGCAGCUACAAGCUUCAAUCCAUCAAGGGACCCUCUAAGAUUUGCGCUAGCAGCUGGAACUGGAACUCUUUUUGUUGUGUUGUUGAUUGUCUUAAGAAUUUAUCUGGGAUGGAGCUAUAUUGGUGAUAGGUUACUAUCAGCAGUUAUACCUUACGAAAAGAGUGGCUGGUAUGACGGACAAAUGUGGGUAAAGCCACAUGAGGUCCUAGCUCGUGACAGAUUAUUGGGCUCUUACAAGGUUAAACCGGUCAUCAAAUUGCUGAAGCAGACUCUAGUGGGAACAGGAGCAUUACUUGUUACAGGAGUGCUGUUAUUUAUCUUUGCUACACCGGUGAAGGAUUUCAUUCACACCACAUUCGGCACAAAACAAAACCCAUCAAGUGUUUCCGCCUCAAAGAUCAGCUCAAAGCUCAAUAUAAGUAAAGAGGAGUUACUUAAACUACUAACAGACGUGAAGGCCAAUGAUGAUCUAGCAGCAGCAGCUACUGAGGCUGCUGAUGGAAGACCAAUCUACUGCCGAGAUAGGUUUUAUCGUGCAUUAGCAGGUGGACAGUACUACAAAUGGGAGGAUCUACUUAAGUGAUGCUUAAAAGGCAAAAGAUAAAAUCAUAUUUCAUAUGCCAUUCUAUAUUAUACAAAAUUGUAUUACAAAAAAACGUAGUGGUACAAAUGCCAAUGUUGUUUAAGGAAAAUCCAGUAGCACCUACAAAUAGAUGGGGAGGGAAGCGUAGUGUGGGACGGUGGAAUGCCUCUCAGUCACUACAGCAUUUUGUAAAACAGAUUUUGUGCAAGUCUUUGAACAAAUGCUGAUAACUAUGCUUGUAAUUUGUAACAUAUAACAGCAGAAUCUAAAGGUAUUAUUUCAUUUUUCUAG